AUAAACUUGAUCUCCCCAAUUCAUCCAUCUCAAGUGCACUUUGGCAACGGCGAUCAUGGAGAACGGUGAGGAGACAUUUGGACACAAACUCAAGUCGAACUCCCACGACCCCGUGUCGACUACCGCGGACGACAGUUCCACAAGGGAUGAUGGAGUUGCCAAAGCACCUGGACCUCCUGCAUCUGAAAAGCCGCCUUAUUCAUACGUGGCUCUCAUUGCCAUGGCCAUCAGAGAGAGCGAGGACAAGAAACUGACUCUGAAUGACAUCUACAGCUUCAUUGUUUCCAAGUUUCCGUAUUACGAGAAGAACAAAAAGGGGUGGCAGAACAGCAUCAGACACAACCUGAGCCUGAACGAGUGCUUCGUGAAAGUGCCCCGGGACAGCGGCGGGGAGGGGAAAGGGAACUACUGGACGCUGGAUACUGCGUUCGAGAAUAUGUUCGAGAAGGGGAAUUACAGGCGCAGGCGGCGCGUCAAGAGACCCUACAGACCACCUACCUUAACGUAUUUACCUUCGGGGUUUAAUUUGACAGACUCAUAUUGCCUGCAACAGGAGCCCGUUUACUGGCAAACCCCGUUCGUCAACACCGCCACCACCGCCUGGAGUCAACACCAACCCAGCUCUCCAUCGCAGCUUGCCAACUUCCAGCACCUGCAGCCCAUGCUCGGCAACGCGCGUCCUCUGUCUCCAAACGAUUUCGCCAACUCUCCCGUGAGUUACUAUCACGGUCAUCCUCACCUCCUCCCGUCCUACAGGGCGUAUCAGCGACAUCCGAACGCUCUGGUGCCUCUGAGCGCGCGCACGUACAGCGGGAUGACGCCGCCGGUGAGUCCGGGCGGAAGCUCCAUCUCCACCUGCAGCUAUCCGCAGCAUCACAGCAGCCACCCUGAACUGGUGCAUCAUACAUUCGAAUGAUGUAUGACCUGAGAGAACUGGAUAUUACAGACUAUGCGGAUCCCUAUUUGUUAUUUUUCCCCCCCAGUGUUUCUUGAUGUUAAUCCCUGAAAAUAUUAAAAGUGUUCAGUGGUCGGAAAUAAUGUUUCUCAGUUUGGAGAGUUGGAUAGGCUACUAAAAGUAAAGUAGGUACAAAAAAGGUAAUGAAAGUAUUGUCUAACCGGAUAAGAAAAACAACAUUUGUUGAAUUCGUUAUUAUUUUGAGUAAAAUAAUGUCUUUAUUUUUACAUGGUUGCAAACAACAAUUCUACAUUAGUUUAAUAAUUAGUAGGCUACUUUGAAAGUAAUGGGUUCACAGUUGGAUCUUAAUAAAUGGCAUUCUUUUCCUAUGUUAAUUAAUAGUUAAGUUGAAACUUGAAACUGUUUUUCUCCCUCAUUAAAUUCAGCAAAUGUUUAAAGAAAGCAUCAAGCAAGUUAAGCAUAUUUAUUUUGCCAUAUGUUGAGUUAUAGUGGACUGAAGUUAUUAACAUUUUGAUAGCAAUUUUACUGUGUAGAAAUGUUAUUGCUUAGGACAGAUGAGGUGGACAGUUUUUAAACUCUUUGCACAACUGCUUUACAAGAGUUCUUUAUCCAUUCAGAGGUGUGUUUUCUUUGAAGACACGUUUUUAUAUUUAAUAGACAUGUUUAUUGUCUGUAUUCGUUUGGAAAAUAUUUUAUAUGUAAACUUGUUCGGGCUUUUCUCUUGAUAAAAGACUCUAUCAUUUAUUGGAGAAAUAAUUUUUCAGUUAUUAAUUAGGCCUAAAUUUCAUCUGAUAAUGUUAUGAAUGAAAAGUUCUUUAUUGUCGCAAAGGGAAUAAAAAAGAAAAUAAUUUGCUUGUAGCACAACAGCAGAUUAAUGGUCCUAACUUGCCUAGUUUUUAUUUGAAAAUAUCACAAAAUACACUGAGAAUCACAAGAAUUAUUCAAUUAUUUUUUUAAUUCUAAAAUCUGUAUAAGUGCUAUGCACA